CUCCCUUCUGCUGCCCCUGCUCUCCAAAGCUCCCACACCAGCACACCAAAGAAGAGAGAGAAGAGAGAAGCAGCAAAAGAAAGAAAAGCUUUGCCUCCCCCCCGCCCCCCCCUGCUAAAAUGUGAUGUCCAAUCCAUCAGAUUGCUUCUAGUUCAGUCCCCCACUCCUCUCCUGGUUAUGGGAUCCGGCAAGCUGGAUGGACGCGCAUUGGAGCAGCAGCAGUAGCGGAGGCGAAGCAGGCGGGGGAUCUGGAUCCGAGGCACCACCACCGGGCUCCUCACGGCGGCGGCGGCGGCGGCGUAGGAGGAGGAGGCGGCGGCGGCGGCGCGCAGCAGGAAGCCGAUGAGGAGCAGCAGCAAAACCAUCAGCACCACCACUACCGGCUGCUCCAGCUCCACCAACAAGCGCAGGACCAAGACCCUCCUCCCGCCCCCGUCUUCCAGCUCUCGCACCUGCAAGCGUCGUCCCCGUCCCUGAGGCAGCCGGGCUCCUCCGCCGAGUAUGCCCUUCUCGCGCCCAUGGGCGACCCCGGCGGCCACCACCACCACGGGCUCCAGACGCAGCUCCUCUCCUUCGGCGGCGUUCACCACAUGCACCAGUUCACGGCGCAGGCGAUGCAGACACAGCCUCCCGCAAGCUCGGCGUCGCAGUCCCGGGCGCGAGGAGGACGAGGCGGCGGGGAGAUUGUGGCGGCUGCAGCGGCGCCCGGGACGCGGGUGAGGGGCGGCGGGGGCGGCGGGGAGAUCGUGGCGGUGCAGGGAGGGCACAUUGUGCGGUCGACGGGGCGCAAGGACCGGCACAGCAAGGUGUGCACGGCCCGCGGGCCGCGCGACCGGCGGGUGCGGCUCUCGGCCCACACGGCCAUCCAGUUCUACGACGUGCAGGACCGGCUGGGCUACGACCGGCCCAGCAAGGCCGUUGACUGGCUCAUCAAGAACGCCAAGGACGCCAUCGACAGCCUCGACGUGCUCCCCGCCUGGCAGCCCACCAACGUCGCCCCCGGCCCCGGCAAUGCCGGUGCCGCGCCGCCCUCCUCCUCGACGCACCCCGACGACUCCGCCGAGAACUCCGACGACCAGGCGCAGGCCAUCACCAUCGCGGCGCACGCGUCCUUCGACUUCGCCUCUGGCGGCGGCGGCGGCGGAGGGGGAGGAGGCACCGGCGGCGGCGGCAUCAGCUUCCUCCCGCCGUCGCUCGACUCUGACUCCAUCGCGGACACGAUCAAGUCCUUCUUCCCCAUGGGCGGAACCGCGGGCGGCGGGGAGCCCUCGUCGUCAACCGUGGCGGCAGGCUCGCACUCGUCCGCGGCCAUUGGUUUCCAGAGCUACACGCCGGACCUCCUGUCGCGCACUGGCAGCCAGAGCCAAGAGCUCCGGCUCUCGCUGCAGCCUUUACCCGACCCCAUGUUCCACCACCACGACCACGGCCAACACGAGCAGCAGCAGCACCGCUCGCACGGCCACGGCGGCAACGGCACCGCGCCGCAGCAGGCGCUCUUCCCCGGCGCCGCCAAUUACUCAUCAUUUGGCGGCGGCGGCGCCAUGUGGGCCACCGAGCAGCCGCAGAGCCAGCGCAUCGUGCCGUGGAGCGUGCCCGACCCAGGCGGCGGCGGGAGCACAGGCAGCUACUUAUUCAACGUGUCGCAGCAGGCGGCGCAUAUGCAGGCGGCGCUCAGUGGCCAGAGCCAGUUCUUCUUCCAGAGGGGACCCCUUCAGUCCAGUAACCAGCCCUCCGACCGAGGAUGGCCGGAGUCCGUCGAAGCUGACAACAACAACAACAACCCGAUGCAGCAGCACAACCACCAAGGGGCCAUGAACCCUUCUAUAUCAGCUAUCGGUUUCGCUCCUGGCGUCAGCUUCUCCGGAUUCCGCAUCCCCGCGAGGAUACAGGGCGACGAGGAGCACAACGGCGGCAAUGGCGACAAGCCGCCGUCAGUCUCCUCGGCUUCCCACCACUGACAGCAGCAGCGGGGGACAGAUGACUUCACCAACCACCAUGUACCCGUAACAUCAGCCAUGCAUCAGCUCCACCACUUGCAUCACUGUGCUGAUUUGCUGCUGCUUCAUAGGAAUUGGCGAUUGCAACCAGGAGGAGCAAAAUUUGGAGCUAGUACUACGGUGUGUUGGUUGGUUUUCCAUCUCUUCUGCUACACGGUGUCAAUGGUUUUUGCUUCAAGAAUUCGAUCACUCGGAGCUUCUUUAGAAUUAGACUUGUGAGAGUGCAGCAACAUGACAGCAGGUCAGCCAGCCUCUUUGUUGCAUUGCAGUAGGCGUAGUUCAUGUUGUAGUUGUCAGUAGGUCAAGCUUGAUUGCUUUAUUUUACUUGUUGGUUUAUGCAUGGAUGCUUUGCUUCGAUCCUCCUGUGUGGAUUCAGGGCUCAGAAGCAGUGCUGCUACCACUAGAUGUUGUUCCUGAACAUUAUAAAUGGAUGAUGGAUGGGGAGAGGAGUCCAUCACUCUAUCUUUAUCUUUCCAUCCUUUUUGGGUUGUAAACAUCUUUCCUUCUUUCGUGUCUUCCUUCUUUC